AAUUAAUGGUAGAAGCACCAACACUUUUUUCAAAUCCAAUAAAGACUUUGUAUUUGUUUACUAUUGUGCUCUUUAACUAUGGAAAAGAUGCAGUCAAAUAUUUGAGUAAAUUUUGGCACAUAAUUGGAUUCUUGUUAAUAGUGAUCAUACUCCCUAGAUUUGUAGAGGGAGAACACUCUGAAGUACAAUCUAAAUAUCAAAUUCCUUUAGUUGGUAAGACAAGCCGAUGAGAUUGCAUAUUUUAUGUUGUAUUGGCUUGUUUUAGGAAUAAUGUCAUCAGUAGGUUUAGGAACUGGUUUGCACACUUUUGUUUUGUAUUUGGGUCCUCACAUAGCUAAGACAACCAUUUAAGCUUAUGAAUGUAAUGCAAUCCCCUUAUUUGUUCCAUCUAAGUAUGCCACGUAAUAUGUGGAAUGUCCAAAAGAGGCUACAGGAAUUACAAUGUUUGAUAUUAUAAGAUAGGUAUAUUUUGAGACAGUACUCUUUGGUAUUGGAACUGCUAUUGGUGAAUUACCUCCUUAUUUUGUUGCUAGAGCAGCUGCUUUAGCUAAUAAAAAAUUAGAAGAAUUAGAAGAAGUCUUAGAUAAAAAAGAUGAAAGUAUUUAUUUAAAUAAACAUAGAUUCUUUUAUGUAGAAAAUGAAAUUACUCAUUUACAACAAGUUAUAGAAAAAUGCAUUUCUUACUGUUAUGUUGUGUGCUUCCAUUCCUAAUCCAUUAUUUGAUCUUGCAGGUAUUACUUGUGGUCAUUUUCUUAUUUCUUUCUGGACUUUCUUUGGAGCAACUGUCUUGGGUAAGGCUUUCAUUAAAAUGCAUAUUCAAGUAUUUUAUCAUAUUUAUAUAAUUAGUUACCUAUGACUGUAUUUGUUUUCUCUUAAGAACCUGUCAAAGCUUUACUAAGCUUAAUCUAAAAAUAUAUACCCUUUAUAUAUUAAUUUUUAAGUGAUUUACUUGAUAAGUAAAGAAAAUAACUCAGAGAUCCUUCUCUUUUCAAAGAGGGAACCAAACCAUUAUUAGCUUAAUUGUGGGAUUACUUCAUUUUUCUUAUGAUAGGUUUCUUUAUGAUUUCCAUUGUCAAUAGUUUAGUAGCUUAGUAUGUUACUGAACAAGAGCAUGAGAAAAAAAAUUAAAAAUAACAUCAUCAUCACAGUUAAAAACAUCAUUCAGGUGAUCAUAAGACCAGUAAAAAAGCAAAGGGUUCUUGAAAAUGACUAUUAAAAGGAGA